AUUGACGACAGAUGGAAUCAUUUCUAUUAGUAUUUUAAUUAAUCAAAUACCAAACCUGUACGUAAAACUCCAAUGAAUGAAGACGAAGAUGAUUCACAUUUAGCGCCACUCUGCCGUCCGAAAUCAUAUUUUUAUUUCCGUUAUAUUCAUCGUCUGACCGGACAUCAUUUUUAUUUAGCUUCCUACUUCACUCUCAGCUUCCUCCUCCACUUUGCCGUCAUCAUUAUCCUAUGGCUUCCGCUAUUUUUUUCGCUUCUCCAACUUCAAAGCUCUCCUCCUCCUCCAGUAUCCACCGCGGCCGGAACGACGCCAUUUUCAAACUCAGAACGCCGCGUUUUGGCUUUCCUGAAAAAGUCCACGCCAGGUCUCUAACCGCUUCUAAUUUAAAUAAGAAAACGUGCUGUUGUUCAGUGCUUGGAGUUGCACGCGGCGAUGCUAAAGUGGCGGUGGAUGACCGGAGUCUUAUAGAGAAUAAAGAGGACGGGAGAGUACUUAAAGUUGGAGUGAUAUGCGGUGGUCCGUCCGCCGAACGCGGAAUUUCUCUUAAUUCUGCUCGAUCAGUUAUUGAUCAUAUUCAGGGAGAAGAUUUACAUGUAAGCUGCUAUUACAUUGACUAUGAACUCAAUGCCUAUGCUAUAUCCUCUGCUCAGGUUUAUUCGAAUACUCCGGCGGAUUUUGAUUUUAAGCUUGAAAGCCUUGCACUGAAGUUCCCAUCGCUAUCUGAAUUUGCUGAACAUCUUGCUGCUUCUGUGGAUAUUGUGUUCCCUGUUAUUCAUGGUCGAUAUGGCGAAGAUGGGGGCAUUCAGGAGCUGUUAGAAAAGUAUAAUAUUCCAUUUGUUGGCACUGGAUCAAGUGACUGUCUUCAAGCAUUUGACAAGUAUCGUGCCUCUGUGGAGCUCAGAAAACAAGGAUUCAUUACUGUACCGAGUUUUUUAGUGCAGGGAACAGAAAUGGAUGAACCUGACCUGUCUAAGUGGUUUGUGAGUAACCAAUUGGACCCUAACUCGGGAAAAGUUGUGGUGAAGCCAGCUGUAGCAGGUUCUAGCAUAGGUGUAACAGUUGCUUAUGGUGCUGCUGAUGCCCUUAAGAAGGCAAAUAGUAUAAUUUUGGAGGGGAUUGAUGAUAAAGUCCUUGUUGAAGUUUUUCUUGAGGGAGGAAGUGAGUUUACAGCCAUAAUAAUUGAUGUGGGAUCUGGCUUUGAAUGUCAGCCUGUUGUUCUAUUGCCUACUGAGGUGGAGCUUCAGUUUCAUGGCAGUUCUGAUGUAAGUGAAACAGAUCCAAUAUUCAAUUAUCGAAGAAAGUAUCUUCCGACUCAACAGGUAGCUUAUCAUACUCCACCUCGUUUUCCUGUAGAUGUAAUUAAAAAUAUCCGAGAAGGAGCAUCUCUAUUGUUUCAACGGCUUCGCCUUCGUGAUUUUGCUAGGAUUGAUGGAUGGUUUUUGCCUUCUUCCAAUGCUUUCUCUUCUUCAGAGGGGAAAUUUGGAAGGACUGAUUCGGGUACAUUAUUAUUCACUGACAUCAACCUGAUUAGUGGAAUGGAGCAGACUAGCUUUUUAUUUCAGCAAGCUUCAAAGGUUGGGUUCUCUCAUUCAAACAUUCUGCGAAGCAUCAUUUAUCAUGCUUGCUUAAGGUUUCCGAGGCUUGCUUCAAACAGAAACUUACCAGACUGUUUACCGAGAAUAUCAAAGUCUUUACAGUUAACUGAAUCAUUCAGGAAACAUGAAGGCACUCGCAAAGUUUUUGUUUUAUUUGGAGGAGACACUUCAGAGCGGCAAGUAUCUCUUAUGAGUGGAACAAAUGUUUGGCUCAACUUGCACGCAUCUGGUGAUGUAGAUGUAACUCCUUGUCUGCUUGCACCCUCUAAUGGCCAAUCUUCUGAUACUGGUUCCAGAGCAGUUUGGUCAUUGCCUUACUCUCUUGUUCUGAGACAUACUACUGAGGAAGUUCUUGAUGCCUGCCUAGAGGCAGUCGAACCAGCUCGGGCUGCUUUGACUUCCCACUUGCGCAGCCAAGUGACAAAUGAUCUCAUGGAAGGUUUGAAGAAGCAUAGUUGGUUUAAAGGAUUUGAUAUUGCUGAUGAGUUACCUACAAGAUUCUCAUUGGAGGAGUGGAUCAAGGUUGCUAAGGACGGUCGAGCAACAGUUUUUAUUGCAGUGCAUGGGGGCAUUGGUGAAGAUGGUACACUUCAGUCUUUGCUGGAGGCUGAAGGAGUUCCAUACACAGGUCCUGGUGUAUUGGCUUCAAGGACCUGUGUGGACAAAGUUGCAACUUCUCUGGCUCUUAGAAAUCUUGCAGAUUUGGGCGUUCUUACCAUAAACAAAGAAGUAUUGAAAAAACAUGAUUUGCUAAAUAUGCCUGCAGUCAAGAUUUGGGAUAACUUGACCUCAACUCUCCAGUGCGAGACAAUAUGCGUCAAACCAGCAAGGGAUGGAUGCUCAACUGGUGUUGCAAGAUUACGCUGCGCGGAGGACCUUGCCGUGUAUGUAAAAGCAUUGGAGGAUUGCCUUCUACGAAUUCCACCAAAUAGUUUGUCAAAGGAUCAUGGAAUGAUUGAGAUGCCCAGUCCUCCUCCAGAUGUCUUGAUCUUCGAACCUUUCAUCGAGACUGAUGAGAUUAUUUUUUCACCCAAAUCCACGGGUGAAAAUGCACAUCGCCUCAUGUGGAAAGGACACAGUCGAUGGGUUGAAAUAACCGUUGGUGUUGUAGGAAAACGUGGAUCCAUGCACUCACUAACUCCCAGUGUUACAGUUAAAGAAUCUGGAGAUAUUUUGUCACUUGAAGAGAAAUUUCAAGGUGGAACUGGCAUUAAUCUUACUCCUCCACCAGAAUCAAUUGUUAGUAAUGAGGUUUUGAAGCGAUGCAAACAGCGUAUUGAACUGAUUGCAAACACUCUAGAGUUAGAAGGAUUUUCUCGAAUCGAUGCUUUUCUUAAUGUGGACAAUGGAGAGGUGUUGAUUAUAGAGGUCAAUACUGUCCCUGGAAUGACUCCUUCCACCGUCCUGAUUCAUCAGGCGCUAGCAGAGCAACCACCUGCAUAUCCUCAUCAGUUUUUUCGGACGCUGCUUGAUUUGGCAUCAGAGAGAAGUGUAUAAAAUUUGUUAUGUUCAAUAAUCUCCAAGUUUUAUUAUAUCUGUUGUGUGUGUAAUUAGUGGCACUGCCAUAAAAUUUCAGAAUGUGAUUUCUGUUUGUCCACCCUUUGCAUGGCGGAUCUGAAAAAGAAAAACAGUGGGGGUCGAAUGUAAGCAAGAAACAAAGUAAUUAUAGAAAAUCCCAUAGGAAAUUUGUAAUGUUAUUUUGUGUUAAUUGUAUUUUGUUAAUUUAAUCAUCGAUCAACUUAUUUGAUGAUACUAA